AUGUCACAACCAUGGGAUUAUAUCGCUAAGCUCGUCUGCAUCGGUGACUCCGGUACCGGCAAGUCCAGUCUCACCAUCCGACUCUGUGAAGGCCGCUUUUCUCCCUCUCACGAUGUCACCAUCGGCGUCGAGUUCGGGUCGCGGAUUGUGCCGGUGGGUCCGCCGGCCUCUCUGGAGUUGGGGCUAGCGCUUGACGGACAACCGUCUGGCUCAUCACCCGAUGCGCCUGCGACGGGCGAUGAGCCUUCGCAGGCGUCUGCUACGUCGGGCCUCCCUACCCCACCUCGAAAGCCGCAGGCCUCUCCCCUCCAGAAACGAAUGAAGUUAUCUCUGUGGGACACUGCCGGACAAGAAACCUACAAAUCCAUCACCCGCUCUUACUUUCGAGGCGCCUCUGGUGCUCUCCUGGUCUUUGACAUUUCUCGGCGCUCGACCUUUAUAUCCUGCACCCAGUGGCUUCAGGACCUGCGGCAAAUUGCAGAAGAGGGCAUUGUGGUGAUUCUGGUUGGCAACAAGACUGAUCUGACGGGCAAAGACUCCGAUUCCAAUCGAAGACAGGUCACGCAGCAGGAAGCUGAGGCAUGGUGCCGCUUGAAUAACGUCAUGCGCUACGUGGAGACGAGUGCCAAAUCUGGGGAUGGAGUGGAACGGGCUUUCUUAGAGGUAGCAGAGAGGAUUUACCGCAAUAUCGAAGCCGGUAGAUACGACCUCAACGACCGACGAAGUGGAGUAAAAGGGUUCGGCGCCUCGGGUGGAGCAAAUGCCGGGAUGCCCCAGACGGUGACACUAGGGAUGAAUGAUGCCAUGCGCAAGGGUAAUGGCUGGACCGGAAAUUGUUGCUAA